GUGUAUAAAUAUGGCCGGUCGAGUUAAAAUUUAGGGUUAAUCUGAGUGCUGGGAAAGGAGAACGACCUGAGUCCAAACGAUCAGAUCAAGAGAAGAGCGAUCCGAGCUUUGUUUCUUUCGUCUGAUCUUUGUUUGUUUUGAUCUGAUUGAGGUGUGAGAAAUUCAUGGCUUCCGAGGAAGAUUUGAUACCCUGGCCUGAUGAGCUCUCCUCUCCAAGGAGCCCACCGCGGAGAGCAUUCUUUUCUCAGGAUGAGCCCUCAUCCCCAGAGAGCCCAAAGGUAGCAAAUCCCGAGUUGUACGCUCAAUGCAUCUCUGCGUUAAGUGCUAUUGUGGACAAUGACCCUGAUGACCACAAAAACAUGAACAUUUGCUUUGACUUUGAUAGAGUGUUUUUUAAGUAUUUGGUUUAUCAAGAAUUGGAAUGGCUUGUGGACGGCAAAAGCUAUCUUGCCUACAAGUCUUUGCGUGCCAGAGAGAUGGAAACAAGACCUCAGACAACAAAGGGCCCCCCUGUUAUGGCUUUUAUUUGUAGUGAAGGGGUUUUGAUUGCUGUUGAUAAUUCAGUCGCUGGCACAAAACGUUAUCCGUCUGUUCAGAAUAACAUUAUUAACAUCAGUUGUCAUGUGAUUGGCUGUGUCACUGGAGAGGCUGCGGACUGUGAAAAUAUUUGCAAUCUCCUCCGCUCUCUGAAGUACCCCAAGAAGAAACGUCAUUCUGCCAAAAAGAUUGCAAUGCAUGUAGCCAAGGUGUUGUCUUCUGAAAAUAUGGAGGGGUUGUGUGAAAUAGUGUUUGCUGGAUGGGAUAAAACGGGUCCUAGCUUGUACUGCUUGGGUGGUGAUGGAAAGCUGUAUGAGGGGGUAAUGUUUCGCUGUGGAUCUUGUCCAACAUUUGGUGCCUUUAUUGCUGUCAAUAGGGAUUUUGCCAGUAUGUCACUCGAUACAGCUGCAAAAGUUGUAAAGAUUGGGAUGACCAUGGCUCUAGCAGAAUCAGGCAGUGAAAGUGGGGACAGCGGAAGUGAUGAUGCUGGUGAAAAAAACAAUGAAAUUGGUGGUUCUGUAGACGUGCACUACGUUGGACGUUAUGGUAGCGGCCAUAUCCCCGGUGGCGUCAAGGUGUACUGAUGAAAGAUAGAGGGGAAUGCAAAGCAGGAUUCAGUUAACGCAACAUCAAUUAGAAGGCUUCAAAUUCCUACUUAUUAAGUGUGUGUGUGUGUGUGUGAGCCAGGGCCGCUCUCUACUUUCGAGGAGAGGCAAGGUUUGCGUACACACACCUUUCUCAGACCCAACUGAGUUUUCUUUGUUUUUGUUGCUGCUGCUGUUGUUAUACAUCUAAUGUGUUGUGCUUCACUUUGAAUUCUCUUCUUAUGAAAAAAUGAGUUAUGUUCCAAAUGAUAUACUUAUAACUUAGUUUUAAGUUCCGGAGGAUGCUUGGUACAAUGAUCGUCUUAGACUUGAAAAAUUGUGUCCACUACCCUUCUAAUCAGGACUGCUUAGAAGUUCCAUUAUUGAAAUUAAGAUUGGGAUUCGUA